AUUUCCUUUAUUCCCAACCAAAGUUGGUUUUGGGAUGCAAGAUCAUGGAACAUGAUGGAAAUCCACAACACAACUGAACAAAAAACGAUGAGGAACUUUUUACGGAAAGUCUCCGGUUUAUUACACUUUCUUCUGUUGGGAAAAAGUAAAUUUUAGACUGAAUGAGUGGAUUAUUUGUUUUUCACUGGGAGUGGACACAGUCAAAGUUUAAGGAGAGAGACGACUGCGCUUGUCAGAGAGCUUGUGGUACUCUCUUGACCAGGACUGCCUGAAAACGGAUCCCAUUCCCACCUAGAAGGACCGCAGAUCUGAUCUCCAACUCUCCCCAGGGAAGUAAAGAAACUGCCAUUCUCCUCCUGAGGAUUUUACUGUGCAGAGUGUGUGUGAGUACAGGUGAGAGAGGAAGCAGGGAGGUGAUACUGAUAUAAACAGAAUAGCAGGCGUUUCCAUCCUCCUGAGAAAGUGAAGUACAGAGGAUCUAAAGAAAAAAGAAAUAUUCAAACAAAAGAAGGACAGACAGAGAGGUGCAAGAUGAAGGCACUGGCUGAGAUCCAGGGGCGGACUGAUAAGCUUUUGGACUCCAUGGCAGAUAGACUCACAUCCUUUAGACUACGUAAUCAGAACUGGAUCUUAGAGAACAAUGAUGACGGCCUGUUGCUGGGGGAGGGGAGCUGGGGAACAGAGAGAGGCUUCAGGGGGAGCAGAAGAUCCAGUGGUGUCCAAGAACACAGAGAGUCAUAUUCAGUGGCUGGCAGUGAGGGCAGCAUCACCCCCUCUGUGGGCUCCAUGCCCCCCCAGGCUUCAGGUAGCUCCAGCCCCUGCUCCCCCUCCUCCCCCCGGGGCUCGCGACGCUCUGUCAGCGCCCUGAAGAAAUGGCUCACCAAUCCUGUCCGUAAACUCAGCCCUGGCACCGGAUUGGAAAGAGGUGGUGAAGGAGGGAAAGGAAAGAAGCAAGACUCUAUGCUGGAUGAGAAGCAGGCCUCAGCGCAGCACCCUCCCAGCCAGGCCCCAGGAAGGCCCCUGGAGCAGGGGGAGAACUACACCAUCCUCCCCUGCAGCCAGAGAGACCUGGAAUCGAGUGGUCUGGUUAAUCCAGCAGAGUCCGCCCCGGUGCACCCCCUCUAUCACAGCUAUCUGUCUGACCUGCUGCCAGAGACACACACAGACAGUCUGAACCAAGCAUCUACCAACAUUCUACCGGACGAUGGGGACCAUGCCUCCUUCACUGACGACUCUACAAGCCAAUGGUCAGCCAGCAUGGACACAGAGGAGGACAGGAGGAGUGCCUUAGAAAAGAGCAUAUAUGUGCUGACAGAGCUGAUAGAGACCGAGAAGUUGUAUGUGGAGGACCUUGGACUCAUAGUCGAGGGAUACAUAACCACCAUGUCCAAUCAGGGAGUACCCGAAGAUAUGAAGGGAAAGGACAAGAUAGUGUUUGGAAACAUCCAUCAGAUCUAUGACUGGCAUAAAGAUUAUCUCCUGGGAGAGCUGGAGAAGUGUGUGAAUGAGCCGGACAGACUAGCUCAACUCUUCAUCAAACAUGAACGGCGUCUCCACAUGUACGUAGUGUAUUGUCAAAACAAGCCCAAGUCUGAGCACAUUGUGUCAGAGUAUAUUGAGACCUACUUUGAGGAGUUGAGGCAGCAGCUGAAUCACAGACUACAGCUGAAUGACCUUCUCAUCAAACCUGUUCAGAGGAUCAUGAAGUACCAGCUCUUGCUGAAGGACUUCCUGAAGUAUUACACCAAAGCAGGAAGGGACACAGCAGAGCUGGAGAAAGCAGUGGAGGUGAUGUGCUUUGUGCCUAAACGAUGUAACGACAUGAUGAAUGUUGGCAGGCUGCAAGGCUUUGAGGGGAAGAUCACAGCACAGGGGAAGCUCCUCCAGCAGGACACCUUCUCAGUCAGCGAGCAGGACAGCAGCUUCCUGUCUAAACCCAAGGAGAGGCGGGUCUUCCUGUUUGAGCAGCUGGUCAUCUUUAGUGAGCCAAUAGACAGGAAGAAGGGAUUUUCUCUUCCAGGCUAUACCUUCAAAAACAGCAUCAAGGUCAGCUGUCUGGGUGUGGAGGACGUCAGUGAGGAGGAUCCAUGUGGCCUGGUCCUAACCUCCCGGGGGACUGAUGGCAGCGUGACACGUUUCAUCAUGCAGGCAUCAUCCCCUGAGACACAGCAGGCCUGGGUCAAUGAUGUGGUCCAGAUCCUGGACACCCAACGGAAUUUCCUCAAUGCUCUCCAAUCACCAAUAGAGUACCAGCGAAGGGAGAACAAAGGGAAGUCGAACAGCCUGGGCAGGGCCAUGAGAGUUCCCAUGGCCUUGACCUCAGGACUGCGACCUCACUCCUCAGCCUCUAUUGACAGGCACCGCCUACCUUGCCUCCACUCAUACAACACCUCCUUGCCCUCCCUACACCUGCCCAGCCAGGGUCAUGUCUCUGAGGCAGGCAAACAGCCACCACUCUUACCCAAUACCAUGGUGUCCAACCCCAGUCCCCUGACAAGCCGUCCUUCUCUCCUCCCGCUGAACCCCCCUCCACAGCUCAUUUUGUCCUCAGUAGGGAGGCAUGGUCAGGGGGUGUCAAAUGGCCUGAGCCCCCCUGGCCAGCCUAGAUCCCAGGGUUUGAUGGACAGUUUCCAGAUGUCCACGUCGGUGGUUGGAGAGUCUUCCACAUCACAUCGCUCAGGCAACCUGGACAAGCUGACAGAGAAUGACCAGUGAUGACCUGAGAUGGUCUUUAGCCUCAUUUUGAGGGCAGGCUAAAAUACCCCAGACUAGCCUCUACUUGUUGGCCAGGCAGCAAGUGGGAACAGGAAUGAGCAUGUCCUGAAACCACUAUCAAUGUAUCAAUGUAACUACUGCAUCAAAACAAUAUUACUAUGGAUUCUCUAGUGUGUUGAAAGAUUUUAUGUCUCUGCCAAAACAUUCAAUUUUCUACUAUUUGAAUUUAUAUCUGUGCUUAAUUGCCAUGCAGGUCCUGUAUGAUGUUAAUUAUAGACCAUUUCUGAUCUCAGUAUAAUGAUGUUGACGGUGUGUGUAGUGUGUAUCCUGUUUGUGGCUAGUUUUUACAUCUGUGAUGGAACAGACAAACAACUCUUCAACAACCAAGAAACAUCAACCAUGGAUUCAGUCAUGUGAUUCUGUGAAAUUCUAAAGACAUUCUAGUGUAUCUAUUUGUUUGUUUUUAAACAUAUUUUUCACGUCAUAUAAUUUCUUUGUUCAACGGGGGACCAUAUUAGUAUUUUCCAAUGCAAUUUGUCUGCUAGUGUCACUUUGUAUUAGGAAGGCAGCAAAGAUCUAUUAGAUACUGUAUAUUUACUGUUUCUGUUCUUAUUGCUUAUCAUUUACUAUGGCCUCCUCAUCACCAGGCUACCACGUAGCCUUCUUUCAAAUGGAGGAAUCUUAAAUUACUCACAGUAGACCUGAGCUUGAUUGAAAGGUUGAAAUCUGUGAACGUUUUUUUCAUGCGUUGUGCAUGUGUGUGUACACCCUGCAUAAUGUUAAUGGAUGUUUUCCUUUUUUGUGCGUGCGUGCGUGUUGGGGGGGGGAUUUUCUAUUUUAACAUUACCAUUGUUCCAACGUUAUCAGAUAAAAACACACACAAACUCGCACAAAGCACACUUCAAAAUCCCACGGGGAGAGGAAAAAGGCAAUGUCAUCAUGAAUGCACAUAAUCCACUGUCCGAUCUUAUCAAUAAAGAUGUGUCUGUAUGA